GUAUUCUAGUCGGGGCAGUUCACAGAAGAUAUGAUUCCUACAGUAGGCUUCAAUAUGAGAAAAAUAACAAAAGGAAACGUUACCAUAAAGGUGUGGGACAUUGGAGGACAGCCAAGGUUUCGAAGCAUGUGGGAGCGUUAUUGCAGAGGAGUCAAUGCAGUUGUUUACAUGGUGGAUGCAGCAGACUUAGAAAAAGUAGAAGCUUCAAAAAAUGAGCUACACAGUUUGAUAGAUAAGCCACAGCUGCAUGGAAUUCCAGUGUUAGUUCUUGGAAAUAAACGAGACCUCCCAGGUGCACUGGAUGAGAAGCAGUUAAUUGAGAAAUUAAACCUUUCAGCUAUUCAAGACAGAGAAAUCUGUUGCUAUUCUAUUUCCUGUAAAGAGAAGGAUAACAUAGACAUAACAUUACAGUGGCUUAUUCAGCACUCCAAAUCAAGAAACUGUUGAAGAAACUUCUGCUGAAGAUAACUCUUCCCCAAUCACUUUGACUCCUAUCAGCUAUACACACAGAAAAGAUAAGGAAUGCAACUGUCUACUACCAGGACUCACUGUGGUCAUAUUUGUUAAUGGAAGUAAAUCUGACUUGUAACUUGUCUGUCUAUUUUGAUUUUUUUUUUUUUUAAUCCAUAUAUUUGUCUGCCUAAGUGAAAUUCCUGAGCGCCUUAAUACAAGACUGGAAGAAAUCAAUAAUUUUUGAGCUGAAAUGUUUUGAGUUAAUGCAUGCAAAUUGUCAAAUACAUAGUAAUUUUUUUCUAAUUUGAAACUGAAUAAAUUGUGCAGUGGAAACAAAA